AUGGGCGAUCUUAGCGGCAAGACGUACUUUAUCACCGGAGGAUCCGGUGGUUUGGGAAAGGGGCUGGCCAAGAUCUUGUUUGCUAGAGGCGCCCACGUAACGCUGUUUGCGCGGAACGGAGAACGGCUCGCCAGCGCCAAAGAAGAUGUCCUCAAACUGCGAGUGAACAAGAACCAAGAGUUGGACGCCGUGUCGGUCGAUCUGGCGGAUGGCUCGCAGGCAUGGGCCCAGGUCGAGCAAGUUUUUAGAUGUCAGAAACGGAUUCCCGACGACCUCUACUGCUCGACGGGGGGCGCCAUAUUGGAGAACGGAUUCCUUGCGGAUAUAACGCCCGGUGACCUAAAGCAGGCCAUAAACAACAACUACCUCACAGCCGUGUUUGCCGCGCAGGCAGCGUUGAGGAUUUGGAGGGAGGCCGACCGGCAGGCUUGGCAACGGGGAGCAGAACCGGCGUCAGACCCGAGAUUUACCCUUAAAGUAGCAUCCAAAUACGCGGUGCGCGCAAUCGCCGACACCUUGAGAUUGGAAGCUCUGCUGCUGUCCAACCCGGCAUCGACUUACAAGAUCCACUGCGCAUUUCCCGGCACCUUCAUCUCGCCUGCCCUUAUUGCCGAGCAAGCGUCAAAACCAAGACUGACGAAGCAGAUGGAGGGCACCGACAUGGAAAUCGAAGCGCUGACGAAGUGCUUCCCAUCCAGCGACGAGAUGGCGCAGCGUAUCCUCGCCGGCGUCGAAAGGGGCUCCUUUGCCGUGUGCCCGGAUUUCCAGUCCGGGCUGCUCCGUUCCGGCAUUCUGGGUCCGUCGGCUCGACGGGGACCGGGCAUCGUGGAUACGCUGCUGGGAUUACUGCUGGUGCUCCUCUGGCCGCUGGUGAACCGGUUUUGGUUCGAGAGGAUGUGCAAAACAGGGCGCCUAGAGCUUCUUGAACGUCAUGGUGUUCAGGUCGAAAAGAAGCAUCAGGAAUAG